AUGUAUGCGCCGGCGCCCCCGCCCCCUGCCGCUGAUGACGCGUUGCUGCGCGACUUUCUUGCUCCCAGCCCAGUGCAGCAAGUGCAAGAUGAUGCGUUGCUGACGUCCUUCUUGGGAGAUUCUCAACCGAAGGCGCCGCCGAGUGAUGACCUGGUCCUGGAGUCAUUCUUCAGCACCACAGCUCCACCAGCCCCGCCAGGACCGCCCAACCCUCCACCACCUCCAAGCAACUUCGCGGUGAGCUUGCCGCCAGGCCCUCCACCACCAUACGCACCAUACGCACCAUGCGCGCCGUGUCCGUCACUCGACACGCUGCGCACCCUGCCGCCAGACACCACCUCCGCCUCCGACUUUUGGGCUCCGAUGCGAAUCUUGGCUCCAUCAUUCCGCCAGAGGCGCCAGGAUGAGUCUUCUCGGCACCUGCGUUCACGCAGUUCUCCCACGCUCUUCUCAGUGCAGGAGGAGGCUGACAUGGCUCGCACUGAGGACGACAGGCUUCUGAAGGCUAUCUUGGAUGAUGCCUUAGACCCUAUUCCUGGGCAAUGGGCUGGCCCUUGCAGAACGUCAUCCAGCAUUGCCAGACAUCCACCGACCCCUCAAAGGUUCCAAGAAUCUCGCGACGAUGUGGCCCUCUCCCACAUCCUGGCAUCGCCACGGCCAAAGUCAGGACAGAAGAGCGCCGCCUUGACCAGGUUGCUGCAAAGCAUCGACAGGACGGGGCGGACAGCUUCCGAUGACGAUGCCUUGCUCAGUGCAUUGGGUUGGUCAUCGGCGCGUACGUCUUCGAGAGCAGAGCGAGCCCGACGUGAGGACCUGAGUCAUGUGCUGGAGUCACUGACUCCUUCUGCAAAAGAUGACGUGGCUCUCGCCAAAGCCCUCGGCCAGCCUCCGCCAGCCCCGAAAUUGCCCCGAUCAAUCUUGCUGUCGCUUGUGGCUGACAUGAUUAGUAACAAGAUGGCCAAACGAAGGGCUUCGAACGCAGAGGUCUUCGCUGGAGGAAGAGGGCGUGGCGCACGCUUGGAUCAGCUGUGUCGGCCAGUUGGCCUAACUGUGGCAAACGAUGGAUCGGUGUUUGUCGCGGAUUGCGGCAACUGCCGCCUGCUCAAGUAUUCAGGACCUGCAACAGUGUCUGCGGUUCUUGGCGGUCCCAGCACACAUUCUUGGUUCAGUCCAAUUGACGUGACCUUCUCAGAAGCGGGCAUGGGAUCCGUCAUAGUGACUGCCGGCAGUGGGGUGCACCUUGGAUCCUUCCAGGACCAGACACUGACGCUAAUUGCAGACGGCUGUCUUCCUUCAGGGAUAGCCCUGCAGCAGGAUGGCAGUCUCCUGUUUGCAGAUGCUUAUGACCACUGCAUAGUCCAGUGUGUUUGGAAAGGGGGGGCGCUUAGAAGGAUUGUGGCCGGUGCGGCGUCAAACCAAGCAGCAGUCGGGCAGGACUUGUCUCGACUCCAUCGGCCUUUUGGAAUUGUCACGCAAGCGGACGGCGCCGUCUUCAUCGCUGACAGUGGCAAUCACCGGAUCAUGAAAUGGAUGCCCGGAUCGAGCAGGGGGGAAUUGGUGGCCGGUGGCAACGGCCGGGGGAGAGAGCUGAAUCAGCUGAAUUAUCCAAGAGGCAUCACCUUGGAUUUCAACGGGGAUCUCCUGGUCGCCGACACUUUCAACCAUCGGAUUCUUCGUUGGAGACAAGGCGCCAGCACAGGUGAGCUCGUUUUUGGUCGUGACCACGGCCCGAAGCUCGACCAGCUGAAUCGACCGACUGCUGUAGAACUGCUGCGAUCCACCAGGCAGCUUCUCAUUGCGGACUCUGGUAACCACCGAAUCCUGAGUGUGAACUUGUGA